UGUUGACACAUCCGUUACUGCACACUUAAUCCGUUAUUUGAUACAAGCUUGAUUCGAUCACUGGAUUGAGAAAAUAAACAUUAUCACUCAAAGAUGAAAGCUAGUAACAGUAAAAGUUGGUGCUGCCCAAGUGACAGAGAAUUGAUGCUUCGUGCAAGGGUUAACUAUGGAUGGUCUAUUCGGAGCUUGGAAUGCUUUCGGAAGGUAGAACCCGUUCCAGAUUCAGAAAUGUUAUCCAUUGGGAAUGUUUUGGAAAGAGCCAGGAAAAUCGAUCUUAUUGAAGAAGAAAGAAUAGGGAGAAUGAUUUGCAGGCUUGAGAAUAUGAAAAGAAACACAGUAGGAGACGGCAAAGCAAAUUGUUCAAUGUGUGGUGUAACUUUCGGCUUCUUUCGAUCUAAUUUCGUUUAUUGCUUUGAUUGUGCGAUGGCGGUAUGUGAAAAAUGCAGAAUAGAUACAUACAACAGUUCCCAAGAAAUACGCAUGCUAUGCAAAAUAUGUGCCGAAAACAGAGAAGUGAGUAUAAGAUAA